AUGCACAAGGACCUGAAGGCAUGGACACGGGCUUGCAUUGCCUGUCAACGGAGCAAGAUCCAGCGGCACAACAAGGCCCCCAUUGGCACCUUCCCCGGCCCUGGUUCAAGGUUCAGCCACGUUCACCUGGACAUUGUAGGCCCGCUGCCUCUGUCCAAUGGUUGUUCCUAUCUCCUCACCUGUGUGGAUCGGUUCACUCGGUGGCCUGAAGCAAUUCCCCUACCUGACAUUGCUGCUCCAGCGGUGGUCAAGGCUUUUCUCAGUCGUUGGGUUGCUAUCUUUGGUGCACCCUCCACAAUCACGACUGACCGUGGUGCCCAAUUUGAGUCUAAUCUCUUCCAGUCUUUACUCUCCUUUUUAGGCUGUACCCGCAUUCGGACGACAGCCUAUCACCCGGCUGCUAACGGGAUGGUCGAGCGGUUUCACCGCCAGCUGAAGGCCCCCCUACGCGCCGCGGCCGAUCCGGAGAACUGGACGGAUCACCUUCCCCUGGUCCUCUUGGGCAUCCGCUCCGCUCUGAAGCCGGACCUUGACUGUUCCGCAGCUGAACUGGUGUUCGGCUCCACCGUCCGACUCCCCGGUGAGAUGAUCUCGCCAACCCCUCAAGGUGCAGUUGAGGAUCCUAACAACCUCCUGCAUCGUCUCCGGCAGUUUAUGCGGACACUUUCUCCGUUUCCUCCCAGGUCCUCCGCCUCGCCGUCUUAUCUCGAGAAGGACUUGGCAACGUGCUCUCACGUCUACCUUCGAUGUGAUCGAGUCCGCAAGCCUCUGCAACCGCCCUAUGACGGCCCAUUUCGGGUGCUCUCUCGCGGGCCGAAGACUUUCCGCAUUCAGCGCGACAAUCGUGAAGAGGUCGUGAGUGUGGACCGCCUAAAGGCUGCCGUCCCUGACACUCCUCCGGAUGAAUCCUGUGGUCCUGUACCUUCUGCUUUCCCUCAUGCAGCCUCUAUUCCACCCUCCCGUAUUUUCCCGCUGCCCUCCUGUCCGCCAUCUCCGACUGCCACCACCAACUCCAACACUUCCGCGACCGGAUUUAUUCACUCUUCUACGGACCCUGUAUAUAUCACUCGCAGUGGUCGUCAUGUACACUUUCCUGAUCGGUUGGUCACGCAUUUCUUUUAG